AGUUUCGGCUCAGUCCGCGCAGCCCCAGCCAUCUGCUCGUCGCCCCCCUCCCCCACCGCUGCGCUGCACACCCCGAGCCGGGCAGAUCGGCCCGCGCCGCGGGAUGGCCUCUGCCGCCGCUGGGGGGGCGCCGGCCCCGCGAGGCCGGCCCCCCUCGGAUGUAGGCGACGAGGAGUCCGAGGUGCCAGCGGCGAGGGUGCUCUCCGCUCCCGCCUCGACUGGGUCCGGGGCAGCGUCCCCGGCGACGGCGGCUGCGGUCAGGAGGAGCCGCACGAAGCAGCGCCUGGCGGAGAUGUUGGGCUCGUCGGCGGUCUUUCCAACCUCCACGGGGGCAGCUCCCUCGGGCCCGCCGGGCCGCGCGUGCGGCGUCUUGAGCACGGAGCCUGUAGCCUCCCAGGACAUGGCGGCGGUGCCUGUGCGCAAGGCGAUUUCAGGGCCUGCGCCAUCCGACCCGGCGGCUGCCAGGAGCUUUCGUGCGAAGGGCCGUAUCGCCCGCUUACUCGAGCAAGACGCAGAAGGCCCUAGGUACGUGUGCGGCCUUCGGCUUGAGUUAGAUCUGAUGGAGCGGUCAAGCCGCAUCGGUAGCAAGAACUCUGUGGGCGACAUGAGUACAGAAGGCGACGACGAAAUCAGCAUGUCACGCACCUGGAGCAAAGGCAGCGCUGGAGAGGACAACAUGUCACGUGUAUGGAGCAAAGGUAGCACUGGAGAGGAUAACAUGUCACGCACCUGGAGCAAAAACAGUGCGAUUCCGUUCUUCGGCCGCAGCCCUACCUGGUCUGUAGCAUCAGACCCCUCACCCAGAGCCGCACCCGAGGGACUGAACAGGUUUGGAAUGCCGUUGGACAUGGUGACUGAGAGUGAGAGCCCGACGGCUUCCAACGACCUGAGUGAGUCAUUCCGUGGGCCGUUCGGCCAGGGUGCCCUGGCGCCAGGCUUGAUGAAUGUCGGGCAGGUGCGGGCCAGUGAGAGCCCGACGGCUUCCAACGACCUGAGUGAGUCAUUCCGUGGGCCGUUCGGCCAGGGUGCCCUGGCGCCAGGCUUGAUGAAUGUCGGGCAGGUGCGGGCCAGUGAGAGCCCGACGGCUUCCAACGACCUGAGCGAGUCAUUCCGUGGGUCGUUCGGCCAGGAUGCUCCCGCGCCAGGCCUGAUGCUGGUCGGGCAGGUGCGGGCCGAGGCACUGGUGUCGCCACCCUGGACGCACGCCGUAUGGCAAGACCGCCGACCCAGCAGCACGUUCGCGCUGUCGUCGCAGCCCGAGCUCUGCGUUUACGGCUGCCCGCCGCCAGCCGCCAGACCCACAGGGUGCGGUGGCCUCGCGAGUCAGCAGCAGACAAGGCAGGGGUUCUGGUGGGCCGACGUCUCACCCACGCCGCCGCCGAGCCAGGACUGCGGCCACGGGCCCGUCGCGCCAGCCUCCUGCGGCGCCUCCCGCCCGCCGCGCGGCCCCGCGGCCCCGGCCCCGCCGGGGGUGCGCCCGCCGCGGCCCCCGGCGGUGCUCCAGGCCUCGGCGCGGCCCUGCGGGCCCUGCUGCGAGCCGCCGGCGCCGCUCAGCGCCGCGAGGUCCGCGCCGGCGGCGGCAAGCGCGAGGGGGAGCAGGAAGGCGUGCAAUGACCAGCAUCCCCCGAGCGAGCAGAGGCAGCGGCAGCCGCAGCAGGCGGCGGCGCAGUCGCAGAAGCGCGAGGAGGCGCGGCAGCAGCAGCAGCAGCAGAAGCAGCAGCAGCCGACUCUGGCGGCCGUCGCGGGGGUCGCACAGCGCCCGGCCGGCGAGGAAGGCAGCGCUGGCACGAUGCGCGAUCAGCUUCGUGUGCUCAAGGACCAGGAGCGAAAUUGUGUGAUUCUGGCGCGCAGGAUUCAGUACCUCGGCUUCUCGGCCUCGACUCAGCUCGAGAAUCACUUCAAGGCUUUCGGACCAGUGAAGGACGUGCUCGUGCCGCAGUCGCAUGUGAAGAAUCGCCAGGCGGCAGUCCGGCAGCGGCCCGCCCACCUGGGUUUCGUGGUCAUGGCGAGCGCUGCUGGCGCGGAGGCUGCCUUCGAGGCAGGCACCGAGCACGUGAUCGGAGGGGCCACGAUCAUCUUGGAGCACUUCGACGAGACCCGCUGGAAGGCUGGCUCGGACGAGCAGCACGUGCGAUCGUGAGCAGAGCCGUGUUUUUAGCAGCGUUGAUGGCUAAUGAUUUGCACAAAGUUUUAGCAGGAAGCCGCUUGUAGAUGCUCUUCCUGCAGUCCGUGCGCCACCGCCCCUGCUCCUCCUCCUCCUCCCUCCUCCUUUUCUCCUCCCUUUUCUCCUCUGCUCCUCGUCUCUCUGCUCCUUUUGUUGGGCCAUGCAUAGGACAUCCCCUGUGCCAGGCCUCGGGCUGCAACGCGAUCUCGCUGGAGCCCAGGGCGGAUGCCCGGGGCAAAAAUUCCCCUGGCCAGCUCUCGUGCUCCGCGCGCCAGGCCCGGCCAUAAGGCACGCCCCUGGCCCGCCCGACCCGCCGGUCAGGGUCCGCCCGCUUGCGCGGGUAAGGGCUCGAUCGCUCGCCCGUUCCCAGCUGGGCAUUGCCAGUGGCUUCUCAUUGAUCGGCGGCGAGUUCAGGGGGGAAGUGAGGAGGAGAGGGCCUUCUCAGACGGCUCUGAAGCCCCCCAGCCUUCGGGAAGUUUUCUAAGCCUUCGCCG